UGUAACGGAAAGAUGUGUCAGUAAGGCCAAAGAUAGAAAAUCUAAAGUUUUUGUUAGUUGCAAUAGACCGCGGCUGUGAUGUGUGUUUUAGUUUACUAAUGGUCUUAGUGUGGAUUGUGUUACAGUGUUUGUUAGCACGGUGUUACACCCGGCAGUGUUUCAAAAAUAAUACAGCCAUGCGUCUUUAAUAUACACCUUACUGAGUAGUAUUGGUGUUCACCUUCCCUCGUUUAUGGUAUGGAAUUUGACUGUGUUCAUCAUGCAUAUUUCUGCACUGGAAUGCACGGAGGAGCUGCAGCAUACAAUUUUGCGAACACUGAAGGACAUGGGCGUGAAGCACAGACUUAAGAAACUCAAUGUCAACAAGUACUCUCAGUUACGAGCAACAGGUAAUGAUGGAAGACUUUUCAAAAAGCCUUUACAUCAGCUGCAGUGUCAGAAAAUAACUUUGGAGUCUGGAUGUGAGGCUGAAGUCCCUACUUUCAUUAUCGAAGCUUGUAAAUGUAUUGAAGAGAACUGUGGUACAGAAGGGCUCUUUCGCAAAGCAGGUUCAAAUGCCCGACAAAGGCAGAUAAAGACGCAUCUUGACAGUGGUGGAAAACUUGGUGGACAGCAUCAUGUGAUAGACGUUGCAAAUGUUCUGAAGCAUUUCUUCAGAGAGCUUCCAGAACCACUCCUGCCAUACAUUUACCAUGAUCUUUUUAUGCGUUGCUUGCUGUUAAAAGAAAUGAAAGUAGAGGCAGUUCUUCUAACAUGCUUGCUUCUACCAGCAGUACAUCUUGCUUCACUAGAAUACAUAAUGCAGUUCUUUCAGAGAGUUGCAUCACAGUCCGAACUGAACAAAAUGGAUACAAGAAAUCUGGCUAUUAUUUUGACACCUUCUAUUAUGCCAGUGGAUGAAAAGAUGAUUACCAAUACAGGAACAAGGUUGGGGUACCACGUCAGUAUUGUUGAGACCCUGCUUGAGAAUGCUUCUGAAAUUGGUUUAUUGCCAGAUCACAUUUACUGCCAGUUGACUUCUGUGGCCCAUGAUGGUAUAGAAAUGUUGGGGAUGAAUGGGGAAGAAGGUCCUAAAACAAAGAAAAAGAAAAAACGUCGAAGUAAUUCAUUUACAAGGGUGAUAAAUGGUUUCAAGAAAAUGGUUGGACGAAUUUCGCCAGAUGUUGAUGAGAAUGAUCUUAUUAGUUCAACACCAGAUUUCUCCACACCAGUAAUGAAAUCUACUAAGAAACGGAAAUUAUUAGAUGUACCAACGAGUGCAUUCUCAAACAAGAAAAGGCAAGAAGUGUUGAAAUCUUUGCCGCAAGGAGUCCCUCUGUCUUCUGUUCAGUUCACACCUACACCUACACCUACAUCUGCACAUUGCGUCAGUCGUGAAUUGUACCUUACACCACAAGUUUGUGUGCAUCCCAAUCCAACUACAAAGUCAAGAAGCCCAGUAAAUAAGCCAAGAAACCGUAAAUUAUUUCCACAGAAGAUUCAAGAUAACAGAAGUGGGAAUGAAACCUGUCCAGAUCAGAUAUGCAUGGCAUCAACAAAUCGAAAGAAACCCCACUCCUUAUCCAGCCAGGUAAGAGAAGAAACUAGUUGGCUGCAAAAGCAUACAGCAAGUCUGGAAAGACGAUGGAGCACAGGUCUUUGGCGCCGCAAAAGGCGACUUGACUCGUUAGAUGUUUCUGUUCCUUCAGAAUCUACAGACAUGCCAGAUCUCAGCACUUCUUCAGGAGAUCUUGUUUUCUCACAUGCCAUUGUAAAUCUAUCAGACUGUGAUUUAAAUAAGGCAAUUGUAGAUGGUAAACUUUCAAGAGCUGCUCUUGAAGACUAUGACAACACAGCCUCUGAUUCUGUUGAGUUUGUCCGUAUACCCAAGAGUGAAUAUGAAGCCAUUAAGAACAGAGUUUCUGAAAUUGAAAAUCAAAUUACAAGAGAAUUUGGCAAUGUGAAUCAUGCAUCUUCAGAUGAACAAGUGUGUGGUACACUGUCAGUUCAGUCUGCUUAUGAGCGUACUCUGGAAGAGCAAGCACGUCUUGAUGGGACUCCUGGUCAAGAUAUGGUUUCUGCUGAUCAACUUGCUCGACGACUGAGCCGUGAACUGCGUAUACGAAGAAGUUUGGAUGGAGCAAGACCAAUCAGAUCACCUAGUGCUCGUAAGAUUGGCUCAUUGCGUAGGCGUUCAAGAGAAAUAGAAGCACAAAAAUUACGGCGGAAUUCGUGGGCUUCUCCAGAUGCUAUUGUUUCAACCGCAAAUGGCUCUGCACUGCGUCGGGGCCGUCCAAAUACAGUAUUGACGGGUCUACGACGUCCAUGCCGUAGAUCAUCAUCUUAUCAUGGGCGGGAAUCUAGUAUUGAUACAGAUGUGACUUCAUCUGUCUCCAAAAAUUGUGUUGCUGGAAAUGAUACUUUUGGAAAUUUAUCUUGCACUGUGAGCCCAGUUUUAUCUGAUCAGCAAUUAUUCUUACAGAGAAGAAAGUCAAUUGAGUCAUCUGUUGGAAUGAUGACUGUUUCCAGCACCCCUCAGUUUGCAGAACAAAACCAUUGUGUUGUUACACACCAACCUAUGCUGGAAGGCAGUGAAGAUUUUGCUGCUGUUUCAAAUGGCGACCAAUGGUUUUCAGCUGAAACGCACCUGCCCAAGACACCAACUGUUCAUGGAGAAGCUCCAGUUACAGGUAGGGCAUCAGUAGCCCGAAUAAGAAAUGAAAAUGCUGGAAUGGUGUUGGAAAGAAUGAGACUUUUUGACAAUUAUAUUGGUGAUGCUAUUUCUGGUGUAUUGGACACUCCAGUUCCCAUCAGUAACAGAACACGGAUUAACAGUUUGAAAGGAGUGGACGUGAUUAAUGGUCAGCAGCACUCUAAGAUAAUUACUGUUCACAGAACUACUAAAAACAUUACCCACGGUACAACCACUUCAAAUAAAAAGAAAUGCCACGCUAAAAGCCCAAAAGAGACUUCCAGAAAAACUAGACAUAAGCAGUCAAAAUCUCCUUUGUCAAAAAGUGCAAUUUUAAGCAGUCAUGUGAAUUCACCCAAAAAUAGAUUGGUGAGAAAGUCACACAGUUGCAAAGUUGCUAAAUCACAGCACAGCCAUUCAAGAUUUAAUAAAACCACCCCUUCAAAGACAGCAAAUGGUGAAAAGGAAAACCUUGCAGCCACAGAUGAUCAGUUUUUUAGAAAUAAGAUAGCAGAAUUCCGUUCGCAAAAGUGUCAAGAUAUCUUAAGAAAACAAUCACACCUCAACUCAUCAAAAGACGUCUCUUCUCCAUUAAAAGUCCGGAAUAGAGUGGAUGUGGGAAACGUAGUGGCAGGGCGAAACAACAUUGAAGUUAAAUAUCAGACACCAGUACCCCAUAUCAAAGAUUCAUUGUUGUUGCGAUCUCCAAGUAAAAUGCUGAAGCCAUACAGGAAUUCAGGAAGUGCUGCAGGACGGCACCCAAUAACACCUAUAAAGGCCAUGACACCUCUUCAUUCUACACCAGCCAGGCGAUCACCAAGGUUAACACAGUCUUGUUUGUAGAUCUAGGACAUAGUUAUUGUAAAUAAUCAGCCAGUACUGCCUAAUUUACAGCAGUAUCCAACUAUGAAAUUAUCUUCACAAAAAUUAAAGUUCAAAACAAGCUUUAAUACAAACUGUGAUAUUAGAAAAGACAACUUCUUGCUGUAUACUCAGACUUCAAAUCGAUAUUCUUCAGCACUGCCCGAGUGACAACACUAACUAGGCAUUGUUUGCAUUCAGCCCAGGCUUUCUUAUUAAAAUAUAAACUUUUCUUAAUGUCACCAAUAUAAAACAAAAACUAACAAAUACUGCAGUCUAUAAAUAGUGGAAGAAGUUACUGUAAGAUUACUUUCCGUAUAGUUGAGGCAUUUUUAUAGAUUUUGCAAAUACAGUAAAUUUUAUGUUUUGUUGUUAUGUGUAACCCCAUAUAUUUUAUUUUAUUUGCUACUCAUCUUCUCUCUGCUCUUUUGUACCUUUUCCAAUUGUAUUAAAUAUGUGUGUCUUCAGAAAAAUACACACAAUUUGAUUGUUUUGGACUUCAACUUUAAGUAUUUGCUUCUUUACUGUUACCUUCCCCCUUCCAGCUAUCACAAUUCUUAAGAACUGUUGACUACUUUUCUUACAUCAUAAGUUAAUCUUUCAGAUUCACAGUAAAGUGGGAGUCUAUUUGCUAUAACCAUUUCACAUUUUCUUGCAUUCUGAAUUUAAAAUGCAAUAAAUUAAAUAUUGCUAUGUAAUCUUUUUAUUUCCACACUUUUGACGCAGUGGGAGUUUGGUAUAUCAUUUCACCCUCUGGCUUAUUCUCUUCCAGCUUUCAAUGCAAUUUACAUAUUUUUAUGUGCAUUCCACAAAAGCUUUUGACAUGGUUCCCAACCUUUCUCAUGUUUCAUUAUCCUUCAUAGCACUGUUUAUGGAUACCAAGGUGCCAUUGGUUUUCAUAAUUUUUUAUCUCUGACUGCAAUAACUACUGGUGUACGAUGUGUGUACAUACUUAAUAUUUUGACUUUGUGAGCAGUUCAUUACACAACUGCUCUUAAUGAGUCCAGGAAAUAAAUUUAUCAUCUUUUCUGUAAAAUAAGACUGAGAAGCAAGUACAUGUAAUAACUUGGACUAUGAAGUAUAUACACUGAUAAUCUUAGGUUAUGACAAAAAGAAUAGCACAGAAAUUUCUACAAUGCUUAAGUUUCCACCAUAUUUUAGAGUAACUGCUAAGGAAUUUUAACUGCUUCCUUUAAAAUGAUGGACAGAUUAUGAUGUAAAUAUCAGGAACCAAUACAGUUAGUAUUCAGUGUAAUUUUAUUUCAGCAUCCAUUCUCUCUCUUUCCCAUACACAUGACUUUGUAACUCAUGACAAGGUUUUAAUAGUGUAAUGGGCUGUGUCUUGCUGUGGCUAUUGUUCCUCUGCCCCCCCCCCCCCCCCCCCCACACACACACACACACCUCCACUCCCAGGUCUGAUAUUUAUAUAAAUUUGAAUUGUUUGAUUCCACCUCUUUGCACAAGUGAUUUUUUUAUACAAUUUUCCUGCUAUAGACCUCAAUUUGUUGAGAUAUAUUUGCAUCCCAUUUGAUGUGUGUGUAAUCAGACAUCAGAUUCAAACUUAAUUUAAAUGAGAAAUCCCAAAACAUAGUAUAUUAAUAAGAAUUCUUGUACAUAUUUUGUAUUAAAGAUAUUAUACUGUGGUUAUUCUGUGUUAAUAAAUAUUGGUGUUAUUACAAUGUCAGGUACUGUUAAUGGCAUAUCUUCCACCAAACAAUGGGUAGAUAUUUGAUG